AUGGCAAAAAAAUAUCCAAAAACAUUUUUUGUCUUUGCGGCUUUUAUGUUGUUUCUCAUGCUUUACACGCUGAUGAGCUUCACAGAGAUGUACCACAUAUGGUCCUACGAUGAUGACGAGGCACACCUUCUCGUAAGUGCGUCCUCUCACGAAAAGAUGGUCUUAUUAAGAGGAAAAGUUACUGGCCGGUGUUCAGUGAAAAGGAAGUCACUGGUUUACGUCAAAAUGAUAAAAUGUGCGAGCUCCACUAUGUCCACGAUAUUGAGACGGUUUGCACUGAACCACAAUUUAGAAACAGCAACGCCGAUAGAUGGCAGAAUAUACAUCGGCUGGCCCUACCAGCCUAAAAUUAGUCACAUAUAUCCUUCAUUCAGUGGAAGGUUUGGCAUCUCGUGUGAGCAUGUCGUCUACGAUCGUUCGUUUUUUAAAUCAAUUAUGAGUCCAGAUGCAGUUUACACAACGAGCCUUAGACAGCCGUACAGUCAGUUCAAAUCCUUAGUUAACUAUUACAACGUUCUUAACAUAUCCAACGUACCUCAGUUCAGUGAUCAGGCCUCAAGGUUUGCACAUUACGUGAAGAACCUCGAGAAGUAUGACAACAUCUACAAACUGCCCACUUCAACACUCAGGUACUGUGUCCCUGACCACUUCUCCAUGACCAAGAAUCUGAUGGCCUUCAAUUUGGGCUUUCCAUAUCUAUCAGGGUUCAAUACCAGUGAAGAUAUGUUUAAAAGUGAACAAGGUAAGGAAACCUUGAAAAAGUUUACGAAUGACUGGAUUGAGAAGAUGAAAAAGGAAUUGGACCUCGUGCUAUUGCAAGAAUACUUUUUCGAAUCAUUAAUCCUCCUAAAGAGAAGAAUGUGCUGGAGUUUCACGGAUGUGCUCUUUCUAACAAUUAACAGUCAAGAAUAUGCUUACAAGAAAAAAUCCGAGCAAGACGCGGAGCUAGAGGCCAUAUAUAAAGAAUGGAGUCAGGUUGAUUACCGGCUCUACAACGCAUUCAAUGAAACUUUUUGGGAGAAGAUCAGUCAGCAGAAGGAUGGUUUCCGGGACGAAGUAGAGGAACUUAAAAAAGUAUUUGUGACGUCAUAA